AUGGGCCAAUUAGGCCCCAUUUUUAUAACAGACAGUAGCAGCCUGACAGAGGAAAUCCAACCAUCCCAACCCCAGGUCACAGAGAAAGAAUUCUCAGCCACACCCGAGCCCCAACAAACCCACAAAGCGAAGAUCACCCCAGCAUCUGGCCCUUUUGACACGCCCGAUGACACCGAAGUCAGCUACAAUGCCCGCCCACUCCCAGCCGACUUCGACUAUAAGGUCCUUGGUAUGCACAGCCCACACCUCCACCUGAACGUAACCGAUGAAGCCUGCAAAGCUUGGAACCAAGCCAACGAACACACAGUUAUCAUUAUCCCUCUCUACAUGGUGUUCUCCCUCACGAAAAUGCAAGAGGCAAAAGACCAUGCCUCCACCUUCAUUAAAAGAGCGUUCCCAGACUCAGCAGAAACACUUAGCACCAUACCAGCUGCCAAUGCGAUUGAUGCCCAGGGAGACGACCCCCUCUCCUGGGGUAUCAUGAUUGAUGGCUUGACACUCUGCGAUGCUGCAACGCUCCUCUACCACCAAUUCUGGCUCUCCAAAGCAUUCAGCUUUGUGGCACACCCAGCCUCCGAGUUCACCUCCGACUGGAUCGGAAACUGGGCAUUUGCAGCCACUGCCAGAGACUGCACGGCCAUCCAAACGUGCCUAAAAACCACCCUGAACCGCCCCUCCUCGAAAAUUGGGAAAUACCUUGUCGAAAAUGUCCCCGACAACUACAAACAUCUAACAAUAAUCAACUCAGCAUGA